CAGGCGUUCGGUUGUAGUCAUUUCGAUUCCGCAGUAACUUGUAAAUGAUUUUUCUCGCGCUCUUGAGGUUAGAAUCUUUUUUCGUCAUUUUGUAACUAGAUUCAUGUUAAUUUUGAUAACUCGAGGCUCAUGUUUCACGUGAAUUUCCAUGCUAACUGUGUCGGGUGAUGUUGGCAGAAGUGAAGCGGGGUAAAGUGGCAUCUACAUAGGUGCUUAGUGUUUACAUCUUCAUUAUACAUAUAUUACGAGGCUUGGAUACAGUGAAUAUUUAUAAUGUAUAAUAGGCAACGUUCAGUGGGCUCUCGCUUGUGAAGCACAGGGUCAAACUGCCCAAUCUGGCUCAAUGUGUAUCGGAAUAUGCCAAACUGUUGAAGCUGAUCAUGUUCUUCAGUAAAUGCAUUUCCAAUCCCUAGUGUGAAGAAAGUUUGAACAGAAGUGCAGGUGUAAUGAAAUACAGUUAAUGCGUUUUGUGCAUGUCAUUUGUAAUGUUUCACACCUCUCUCCUUAACGUCAGCAUUCGGGUGGCAUUUCAAGGUGAAAAAGAAAGAAAAGUGGCAGCGUGAAUAUUGUAAUGCUUUUAACGAUCACUGGUGCCGUUGCUGAUAAGACGAAACUAAACAUUCGUUACGACAAGGAAGCUUUAUCAGUAACAACCGGCGCAAGAAAUAAUCUUGGUUUGAGCUAUUUCUGGAUAUAGUUUAAUAUUGUGGAGGAAUUACAUCUCUACAAUUCAGUCACCAUGUCAUCGUGUCUUACGGAUGAUCCGGAUAAGCUGCUUAACGAAUGGCUUGGGGAGCUGGAAAAUUUGAUAGUGGGUUUAGAGAUUCCUAACCCAACUUCAACCGUAACGGCUGCUCGUCUGCGCCCGAAAAGCAAUACCUCGACAGAUCGGACCGAUUCGUAUCGCUUCUCGAUGGCCAAUCUGGAGGAGACACAUGAGGCAGAACUGGACGCAAUACUUGGGGAGCUUAGUCUCCUGGAGCAGCGAGGGGAUAUUCGGCAAGGUCGCACCCACAGUCGAACAAAUUCCACAAUAUCGGCUGCAACAAACACGACAAUCAGUUCAGAAAGUGGUUGCAGUAGUGUUCCGGAUAGUACGGCCAGUAUUUCAUCGCUUCGUGAGCCACGUACCGAUAGCCCAGACAAUGACUCUGCUUUUAGUGAUACCGUAUCGCUCAUGUCGAGCGAAUCAUCGGCAUCCAGUAGUGUUAGCUCACACCUGAAAAAUCUCCAGCAUAACAAUCAAAAUUCAGCUGAUUGUGGCAAACAGGCCAAGAUUCAUCUGGCGCUUCAAAAACUUGAACAAGCUACCGUUAGACGACUGUUUGUCAAAGCAUUCUCGGCUGACGGUGCCUCCAAAUCACUUCUAGUUGAUGAAACAAUGACCUGCGGUCAUGUCACUCGACUUCUAGCGGACAAAAAUCACGUACAAAUGGAGCCAACCUGGGCUAUUGUGGAACACCUUACCGAACACCAAAUGGAGCGGCUAUUGGAAGACCAUGAACUGUUGGUGGAUAAUUUGAUGCUCUGGAGCCGUGAUUCUAAAAAUCGGGUGAUGUUCCUUCAACGAUCAGAUAAGGUGUCACUUUUCAAAACACCAGAGCAAUUUCUACCGGGAACACAAAUGGCUCCAGGGAGUGAUCAUGAUGAGCACACUAGGGCCAUGUUGUUGGACGAAUUCUUCUCCGGUAACAACCAGAUUCCACUGGAGGGGCCGUUGUACCUCAAGAGCGAUUCCAAGAAGGGCUGGAAAAAAUAUCAUUUUGUGCUGCGUGCUUCCGGCUUGCAUUACUACCCCAAAGAGCAGAAAACCCGUUCUGCCAAAGAUCUGCUCUGCUUGGCACUGUUUGCCGGUCAUGAAGCCUACCGGGGCAUCGGCUGGAAAAAGAAACAUAAGGCGCCGACCGAUUUCACGUUUGCUUUGCGUUGUCCCAAAGUUCCUCCGGGAGCCAAGGGUAUUCGUUCAGUCAAAAUGCUGUGCGCAGAAGACGCUACAACACUUGAAACAUGGAUCACUGCUAUACGUGUUACCAAGUAUGGCAAAAAACUUUUUGAUAAUCAUCGUUCCUUAACAGAAGAUCUGGCUCGUGAAGAGUUGGAUAAACUGUCCUCCGCUAGAAGUGGUUCACUGGGCAGUAUAGUAUCUGCUGUCCCAUCUCAGUGUAGUACUAGUAGUAGUAAUAGUGGUGGAAGUAGUGCAAAUCAUUUAAUUCCUGUGCACAAUAAUAAUGGAAGGUUGUCUAGGGCAUCUAGUUCCAGCUCAAGUGGUUGUUUAUCUGACGAAAACAAUGGGUUCGAUUCGGAAUUUCCGACAGGAACUAUCAAAAGAAAACCAUCUAUGAAACCAAAUCUACCUUUGACAUCGAUGACGAGGCAGUUAAAAGAAGUUGGAGAGACAACUCGUUUGAACGACUCUUCUCCCACAUCACCAGAACGUGGUGGCACUUUGACCAGGCGUCAUAGCCGAAGGAGAAGCGAAGAAAGUAACAAUAGUGGAACGCUCAAAAGAAGAGCUCCUAUCAAUAAUCGUGGCUCUGUUGAAAGUAUGAGUUCGUCAGCCUCAACUCCAACACCAACGCCAACAAAUAGUAUACCUGGAACACCGGUAAACCAGCAACACAUACCUUCUUUGGUAGUAGUAAAUAACCAAAACGGCAACGACCAGGAGAUGGACAUCACUCCUCCAACGCCGACGAGCAAACCUUUAACAUCACUCGAAUCUAUGCCAGCUUGUAUGACAGAUUCUACGUUUUCACUGCCUCCACCACCGGAUGAUCUCGGUACUAACUUUUCCGGUUCUACACUGUCACUCGAUUCACUACCACCACCUCCGCCUCCAAAUGAACUGGACAACAGCUUCAGUGGAUCUCAACUUUCAUUGGUGAGCCUUCAAAUGCCUCCACCACCUCCUCCACCAAAUGUGGUUUCUGUGCAAUUGACUUCAGCUACGACGGAUCAGAAAAAUGCUAUCUAUCAACCAGCGACCGUAUGUAUGGCAACUGCUCCCGUACCUAUAGCUCCUCAGCGUGAAACACCGACCAGCGAAAGCAUCGAAGUUACUAGUAGCAUUAAGCAAUCGAUAAUGAAGUUCAAUAGUCAUACACUUCCGAACCCCAUCAUCAACAACGGUAUCAAAGUGGAACCCAUAUACUCCAAGACUAUGAAACCGUCCGCUCUAAAGGCGCCUCCAUACAAAUCGCCGCCACCGUAUAGCGGAGAUAAUCCGCCCCCAAAUCAAUCCAGUUCACCAGUUCCAUCGAAAACAGUUUCUUUCGCUGAGUCACCGGUUUUGCUAAGGCGAAAGGUAUGCUUCCAGGAUGAAGUUCAAGAAGUUCCUCUUUCACCGAGACGAACAUCCCGAGAUGUGUACUCGGCUCCACCUCUGCCUCCGCCAAGAGCAGAAGCGACACGGCUCUCUACAUCAUACACUUCACCGAAACGAUUGAGUGAUUCAGCUUCAAAUCCUCCAAGAGACUUUCUCAGGGAUUUACAAAGGGUCAUGAACAAAAAGUGGCAGAUUGCUCAAAAAUGCAAACUGGAACCAGCCACGACACCACACGAGGUGCUCGGUUUCCGAGACCUCACCAACGACACCAGCUAUUCGUCUCAUUACUACAGGGAAUCGGCUAACGUCAGUCACUGGGUUCAGGAACAUUACGGUUCUGAUAGCUUAUAUGAAAAUCUAGGACAUAACAUGGGUAUGGAACCAAGUUACCCGAUCAUACCUACAAUUGGCAACGCGGCUGCAAUCAAAAAACGACCACCGCCACCUCCACCCAAACGUAGCGAUAAAACUCAUCUUACCACGAUGGCUGCACCACAUCAGAGGUUAUAAGAUUGGGCUUUGCUCGGUUUUUCCAGCUGUCUUUUGACGGUGAGGAAAACCGUUCGAUGCGAGCGCAUGAUUGAAGACAAAUCAAAGUCGGUUAAUGUUAGCGAAGUGUAAAUAGCACGAGUUCAAAAUGGAUCAAUUAAAUUCAAAUGAUGAGCUUUUAACUUAAUUUAGAAUUAUCUAUGGCAAUAGUACGAGCAGAUGUUAAGGACAUAGCUAUUUCUUUUAUCAACUAUUUUGUAAAUUUCACUUCACAGUGAAUUAUUCAAUGCACCAUGUAGUAAUUGCAAUUUCUAAUGAAUACACAGUGAUUCAGGGUUAACAUAUAACCAAAUCGUUGCCGCAUCAUUGAAUGUGAUUGAGCCAUUUUGAAAUCCAUAGGGAAGCAAUUGUAAAAACGUGCAAAGUAUGAUUGCGUAGAAUGCAAAGGAAUGAACAGGCAAAAUAUACAGAUCAUCAUUCGAAUGUGUGUAUACAGGAGUUGAUGGGCAGACUAGGAACGAUACACAGAGAAUAAAGAGACUGGUCAGUUGUUGAAUAACAACAGAGAAUAAUGAGACAUGUGAUCAUGUUUCUAUCCAGAAUUGUAACACACGCCAUAAAUUAUAUAUAAAUCAGCAAUUUAUUGCCAGAUUUUCAUGAACAGUCAUACUUGUGAUGAAUUAUACAAACGUGGACGUAAAAGUAAAUGAAUAAUAUAAAUAUAUACAUAUGCGAGCAAAACUUUAGACCUAAUAUAUUUUACAAAAAAAACUACUCUUGAACUAAACAAAAUAUACUACAGAUUUGCUUGUCUUAUUAAAUGCACACAAAUCAUUUUGUGCUUUUGUCGUCCUAGAUUGAUAAUAUUUCGAAACUAGUUAAUGCCAUGUGCAACAAAAAUAUCUUUCGAUCGGGCUUGUAAUUAACGAAAUGCUAAAAUGUUUAGAAAGUAAAAGAAACUUUAACUACAUGUGUAUAACUUCCGUUCUUUCUUUCUCUAUGAUAAUAAUAAUAAAUAACUUAAUCUCUGAUCGACUGUAAGAGCACAGAAUAAUUAAUAUUGAUUUGAUAUAAAAGUUUAUUACUUCUAAAUAAGAAAAGUGCCAUAGGCUACAAAUAUAAACAAAAAACAAAAUGGUGUGAAAAAGAUAUUUAUUGUUGUAAACGUUCUGUAACAUUUGAUUCGUAUCCAUAGACUCUGUUCUCUACGUCUUAUAAAUCAGUUAGGUUUUUCACAUGUGAAGCAGAAAAGGUUAUUUUGUUGGUACAAUUUUAUUGGAUUUAAUUGUUCAUUUUUUUAUGUUUUUUAUCGACCGUAUUGACCACUGCAGUAAAAAAAUAAGGUAGGGUUUAAUAAAAAGACAACCGAAACCGAGAAUCAAUAAUUAUAUUCGAUGGACAUUUUUACAUCAAGAUAUACACACUACAAUUUUUGAGUCAAAGAUUUUGAGCUGUCCACGUAUUGGACAAUAAAUUAUACAGAUGAAAUAAUAUUGAAAUAUGAAAAAAUUGGUGCUUUCAUAUAACAUUAUAAGUGAAUAAAAACAAACAGAAAAUAAGCCGACCGCUACCUACCUAUAGCUUGAAUACAACCCGACAGCAACUUUAAUCAAUGAACUACUCUCAAUGCAAACGUAAGUAAAGAAAUGCCAAUAUAUAAAAGAAACUUCUUCCUUCAAAUCUCCGAAAACUGGAUUUUAAAUGGAAGUCAUAAGCUAGAACCUUAAAAAUAACAAAUAAUCAGCAUCUGAAAAAUGUUUAUCAUCAGAAUAACCGAAUCUCGGACGUAUAAUACCGCAAAAAGAAACCGAACAAACCGUCUCAAACUAUUCCGUUUUGAAGCUUUUCUGUUCAUAUAAGGUACUAUAAAGUAUUUUUCACCUAGGGUUGGCAAAGAUGAAAGGUACAUACUAACUGGUGGUAUUAAGAAUGUGGGAACCGCAUGGAAAAGAAUGAUGGAGUUCAAUUUUUAUGAAUUUGUCAUUGGAUACAAUAAACUAUAUUCGUAAAGCAGUUCGCAGUCCUAUAACUAAUACGAUGAACUCAAAAUUAUUGAAAAAAGUAAAAUAAAUUAAGAAUAUAAAAGAUGA